AUGGUCUUUUUUGGUGUCUUGCUGCUAGCAAUAUUUACACCAAAGUUAUGUCAGGUCCACAUAGAAAAUUGCAGGGUUCAGUAUAUACAUCAGCCACUUCAUAAGUUCCAUCAGUCAGGAGAUUUUAUCAUUGGCGGCAUUGCUUCUCAUGGUGGCUUCCUCUCCAGUCCAGCAACCUUCACUGAACAAGCCCCACCGGAGUUGUAUGAAGAGCUUGUGGUGAUGCCUAAGUGUUACCAGCACAUCCUGGCCUUGGCAUUUGCAGUAAAGGAGAUCAACGAAAACCCUCACAUCUUACCCAACUACACCUUAGGCUUCCACAUCUAUGACAGCAAUGAUAAUGCAAGGAAGACCUAUCAUGCCACAAUGCUGCUUUUAUCCACACUGGAGAAAUUUGCCCCAAAUUAUAUAUGUGGUAUCCAGAAUAAUCUGACAGCUGUCAUUGGGGGACUUGACACCGAGAUCUCCCUUCAUGUGGCAACCAUCUCACAUAUCUAUAAGAUUCCACAGCUCCACUACUUUCUGAGAAGUGUCUCCUUUAACAACACUGCAGGGGAUGAGGUCUCCUUCAGUGAAAAUGGUGAGGUAGCGUUUGGCUUGGAUGUUGUCAACUGGAUUAUUUCAUCCAACCACUCUCUUACUAGAGUGAGGGUUGGAAGGAUGGAUUCACAGGCUCCUCCAGGCAAAGCUUUUAUCAUUGAUGAAGAUGCCAUAAUGUGGCACAGCUGGUUUAACCAGACUCAGCCUCAUUCUGUAUGUACUGUGAGUUGUCAACCUGGAUCUAGCAAGAAAGUGAAGGAGGGGGAGCCAUAUUGCUGCUACAAUUGCAUCCCAUGUCCAGAGGGGAAGAUUUCAAACAAAGAGGCACUGGUAUUGCUAACAUUUCUGAAGAACCACAACACACCCAUUGUCAAAGCCAACAACCGAAUCCUCACCUACAUUCUCCUCAUCAACCUUCUGCUCUGCUUCCUUUGUGCAUUAUUGUUCAUUGGCCAACCUGAGAAUGUGACGUGUCUCCUUCGGCAAACUGCUUUUGGAAUCAUCUUCUCAGUUGUUCUUUCCUGUGUGCUGGCAAAAACCAUCACUGUGGUUCUGGCUUUCAUGACCACCAAACCAGGAUCCAGAAUGAGGAAGUGGGUGGGGAAAGGAGUGACCAGUUCCAUUGUUUUUUCAUGCUCCCUUCUUCAAAUAGGCAUAUGUAUUGUCUGGCUGGCAACAUCUCCCCCAUUCCUAGACAUUGACAUGCACUCAAUGACUGAACUUAUUAUACUAGAAUGUAACGAGGGGUCUGUGACUAUGUUUUACUGUGUUCUUGGCUACAUGGGCUUCCUGGCAAUUGUGAGUUUCACUGUAGCUUUUCUUGCCAGGAAGUUGCCAGACAGUUUCAAUGAAGCCAAGCUCAUCACUUUCAGCAUGUUGGUCUUUUGCAGUGUUUGGUUGUCUUUUAUUCCAUCCUACGUGAGUGCCAAGGGGAAAUACAUGGUUGCUGUGGAGAUCUUCUCUAUCUUAGCCUCUGGUGCUGGAUUGCUGAGUUGCAUCUUUGCCCCCAAAUGCUAUAUUAUUUUGUUGAGACCUGAGCUAAAUAGCAGGAAACAGCUAAUAAGAAUUAAAAAAUGA